CAACGGAUGCCAAAGCAUGGUUUGAUCGUAUGAACGCGGAAUUACAUUCACUCAACCGUGAGGCAGCACAGUACGGAUGGGAUUUAAGCACACAGCACCAAUCCCGUGUGGAGUUCACGCUCGAGAGCAUGGUUCAAUUAGCUCAGCGAAAGUCGGCCUGGCUACAGGAUACGUGCGACGAAGGCGCCCUCUACCGUCAGCAUGGGUGGCCGUACGAUCGGGCUUACUAUUUACUCUGUCGAGGACCACGCAAUACCCCGGAGGAGCUCAGUGAAAUGGCCCAACUGUUUUCUUUCAUCCAGCGCAUCUACACCGAGUCGGAAGUGUGUAUUCCAGCAAACUGUGGCCACAGACAGGAUUCGAAUGAUGUGACGAUUCUAUGGAGCAAUACUUUCGUGCGAUAUCCCGGUCUAAGUACGGGCCAUUUGGAUCUUAGCUUCGUCGCACCAGUAUCGCAAGAACUCACCUUAAGCAUUCCGACCAAAUUACCCAAUGAACUGCAAUGCUUUUCCGGUGAGCCCGAUCUGGAGCGCCUAAUGCUCUCGGAAGGUAUGGAACGUGUCUGUGCCGGUCGCUUCCCCGACGAAUCCGUGCUUCGUUGGGCAUGGGAAUCCUGGCGAAUGGCAGUAGGUCCUCCGAUGCGACAACCGUACGGACGACUGAUUGAGCUCAUGAACAGCGGCUGCAUGCGGGGAGCAAAUCAUCGUGAUGUAGGAGAAUGUUGGCGCGAAGAGUUGGAAAUUCCCGAACUGCGCCUUCUGGUCGAUCGUUUGUGGCACGAGGUGAAACCAUUCUACCAGAAACUACACACCGUUGUACGCCAUUUUGUGCGAGCGAAAUACCCAAGGGAGACAUCAUCGAUUGAUAGCGAUGGACUAAUACCGGCCCACCUGCUCGGUGGUAUGUGGAGUCAUAGCUGGAUAGGAUACGCUCAUGACAUCAUUCCACAUCGUGUAGACAUUGAUCGAGCGUUCGGUGAGGCUAACUGGACGUCAUUGGAUCUUGUGCAACGUGCAGAAGAUCUGUACGCAUCUCUCGGACUGCCACGUUUGACGGACGAGUUCUGGAAGCACAGUGUCAUCGGUAAGACGGCGGACGGUGGCAAGUGUCACGGAACCGCAGCUAACAUGUUCGCUGACGGUUCCGCCGACUUUCGAAUGAUCGUGUGCCCACGAUCGGAAGCUCCGGCUCAAGACUUUUACGUCACCGUGCACGAAAUGGGCCACAUUGUGUACUACAUGGAAGCGUCCAAACAGCCGACCAUCUUCAGUGAUGGAACUACGGCUGCAUUCCAGGAAGCGUUCGGUGAUGCCAUGUACUUCGGUGCUGUAACACCACAGCACCUCGUCCGUCUUGGGUUGCUCGAUUCAAAGCAUAUGGCGCCAGAGAAAAUGGCGUUCCGGACCAAUUCCACCCUUAACUCGUUCGAUUAUGCGUUUUUGUUGCGAAUGGCAUUGGGCAAAAUUCCUACCAUUCCUUUCGAAUAUCUUAUGGAUCAGUACCGGUGGGAUAUUUUCGAUGGUAGCGUCGAGUACGGGCAGGAUGCUAAUAGCUACUUCUGGUUCUUGCUCGAACGACAACAAGGAAUUCGACCACCGUCUUCCGUGCGUGCACGCCUUCCACUUUUCGAUGCUGCUUCAGUUUAUCAUCUGUCAGAUAAUACACCCUUUGUACGGUACUUUCUAGCGAGCUUUUUAAGCUACCAGAUCUACGAAGGAUUGUGUCGCAAUGCACUGUUCGGGACGGUUAACAAUCCUGCGAACGAAAUUCCACUCCCCCUGCAUCGGUGUGAUCUGUACGGUUCGAAGAAAGCGGGCAAGUUGCUGCGGAAGUCGCUAGCACUUGGUGGAUCUGUACACUGGACCGAAGUACUGGAAGAGCUUACCGGAGACGUGGAGAUAUCGGCCCAAAGUUUGCUCAAGUACUAUCAACCACUGGACGAGUUCUUGGAUCGUUUCAUUGAACAUCAUCGACUGAUCGUUGGUUGGGAACACUAG